AUGUACGCGGGAGUUUAAAUACACAAAGAGAAAUCUUCACAAGACGCAACACGACUCGACUGUUUACCGACGCCAUUAUGUAGUUAACUACGCAUUGCGAGUGUGUCUUUCUUUGGCUUAUUGUACAAAACUUCACUGUGGCUGUCAGACUUAGAAACGUCGUUGAAGCUGCGGCGGUGGGGGGGAUGCAAAAAUCUGAUUCAGACGGAGUUGGAAAGUCUCAACAGUCGCUGGUUUUCUUUGACUUGGAGACAACUGGACUGAAUCAGAGUUGUGAGAUCGUCCAGCUGGCUGCAGUGAGUGGAAGCCACUCUCUCAACCUCUACGUCAUCCCUCGGUGUCGAAUGCAGCGAGGAGCAGCCAGAGUGACCGGCUUCAGGGUCCGCAGACAGAGAUUGUACCUCCAUCGACAACUGGUCCUCACCAACUCCCUGCGAGAGGUCCUGGUCUCCUUUAUAGCUUUUCUUCAGAUGCUCAGAGGCCCGCUUGUCAUUGGCCACAACAUCCGCCGCUUCGACUGUCCGCUGUUGGCUCGAGCUCUCGAUGAACUGGACCUCAGGGCAGAGUUUGAGUCGGCAGUCUCCGGCUGUGUUGACACUCUACCACUGGCUCGGGAGAUGCUGAAGGACCGCGGCCUCCAGAGUUUUCGACAGGAGAACCUGGUCAGGGAGCUCCUGGGUGUGAGCUACAAGGCCCAUGAUGCUUUGGAGGAUGUGCGGGCAUUACAGGCACUGUUUAGUGUGCUUCAGCCCACACCAGAAUUGAUCUGUAGGCAUAGGUUUACUCUGGACACCAUGGAAAACAAACCUGCUGUCAAAGCUGCUAAAUCUAAAGUGCCCUGUAAGCCGCCAGAACAGCGCACCCUGUGGGAGAACUUCAGACAGACAGGGAAGAAAGAAGACAAAGCCACAAGUUAAAACAUACGAAACCCACUGGAUUGCUUGAUGGCAAAAGAACAAAGAGGGCUUUUGUUGUUUCUGUGCAUACCGAGCCAAAGCUGUCCGCUUACUACAAUGGUUGAUGGUGGAACAAAUGGAAAAACUGACUGGAGAAAAUCACUUCAAACAUCCUCUUUGGUGAAGCAUAAAGGGAAACAACCACAGCGCAAAUGGAUUAUUCCUGCAACAGUUCAUGGAAGCUUUAGAAAGGUGAGGGAAACGUACGAAGACAAUACCUGCACAUCUGGAAGUCACACAUUACUACUUCAGCCUGAUGCAGCACUUAAAUCAGGGUGAGAUGGGUUUGUACUUUGCCUAAUAGUUUAGUUCUUCUAGACUACCUCGAUUGGCCUUGUCAGUCAGUUUAAAAUCCGUAAACUUCAAUCUCUCCCCUUUUUGAUUAUUCCAAAAACAUGCACUUCAAUUUAUUGCACCAUUAUCAACACAUUCACUGUUUAUUUCAGGAAUAACAAACAGGCAUAAAGAGUAUUCCUUAACAAACGUCUGUUUUUGUGGUUAUAAAUGGUAAAAAUAUAUAUAUAAUUGUGUGCAGAUUUCUCUCUUAUUCCACUUUCAACCCGGCAGCUUGAUUUUUAGUCAUCAAUGUGUGGUAAUAGUGGUGACUAGGUUAUGUAUAAAGGUUUGUUACCGAGAAAAUGUUAUGUACUUCUGUUCUGAAUUUACUUCAAGGUUUCGAUAAGCUCUAAAGAACAUUUUUAUUGGAGGUAAAUUAAUGUGCAAAUAAAUGUUACAUUUCUACA